GUCAAAACGGGCGAUAUAUCAUCUACAUAUCACUAAAAUGUAUCCCCCAAUGAAGCUCUGUUUCAUCCCAAUAAUAGCUAUUAUAGCCAUGAAAGCUUCUCGUCUCUCCACACAAGAUCUCCAAAUCUUUUACCUCUACCUAGAAAAAAACUUCACAUCCGUAACCAUGUUCUCAAUCUCUCUCAUUCUCGGCUGGAUACUUUACAUUAUGAACCGACCAAAACCCGUUUACCUAGUUGACUUCAGCUGCUACCUCCCACCGUCUCAUCUCAAAGUCAGCGUCAAGAAGAUCAUGAGCCACGUAAGAGUUAUACGCGAGCAAGGCAUGUGGGCGAAGACAGGAGAGCAUGAUUACUUGAUGGACUUUGUCGAAAAGAUUCUAGAACGGUCCGGUCUAGGCCAAGAGACUUACAUACCUGAAGGUCUACAUUGCUUGCCGUUAGAACAGACCAUGGCCGGGUCACGUAAAGAGACCACAGACGUUAUACUAGGAGCGGUCGAUAAUGUUCUCCGUAACACUGGAGUUAGCCCAAGUGAGAUAGGUAUAUUAGUGGUUAACUCUAGCACUUUUAAUCCUACUCCUUCGUUAGCUACUAUUAUUGUUAACAAAUAUAAACUUAGGGAUAAUAUAAAGAGUUUGAAUCUUGGUGGGAUGGGGUGUAGUGCUGGCGUCAUCGCUAUAGAUGUCGCUAAGAGUUUGUUACAAGUUCAUAGAAACACUUAUGCUCUAGUGGUCAGCACCGAGAACAUCACUCAGAACUUGUACUUAGGUAACAACAAAUCAAUGUUGGUUACAAACUGUUUGUUCCGGGUAGGUGGGGCUGCGGUUUUGCUUUCCAACAUCUCUAAAGACCGUAAACGAGCUAAAUACAAGCUUGUCCACACGGUUAGGGUCCAUACCGGGUCAGAUGACAGAUCCUAUGGAUGCGCUACACAAGAAGAUGAUGAAGAUGGUUUAGUAGGAGUUUCCUUGUCAAAGGAUUUACCUAUGGUAGCUGCAAGAACGUUAAAGAUUAACAUCGCAACGUUGGGUCCACUUGUUCUUCCCAUACGUGAGAAGCUUCGCUUCUUUGUAACGUUUGUUAGAAAGAAGUUUUUCAACCCCAAGAUCAAGCAUUACAUGCCAGAUUUCAAGCUAGCUUUCGAGCAUUUUUGUAUCCAUGCGGGUGGUAGAGCGCUUAUAGAUGAACUUGAGAAGAAUCUUCAUCUAUCUCCGUUACAUGUGGAAGCAUCGAGGAUGACAUUACAUAGGUUUGGUAAUACAUCAUCGAGUUCUAUUUGGUACGAGUUGGCUUACACUGAAGCUAAAGGAAGGAUGAAGAAAGGAGAUAGGAUUUGGCAGAUUGCAUUGGGGUCAGGGUUUAAGUGUAAUAGUUCUGUUUGGGUUGCUCUGCGUAACGUUAAGCCUUCAACUAAUAAUCCUUGGGAAGAUUGUCUUCACAAAUAUCCAGUUGAGAUCGAUAUAUCAUUAUAGAUUGGAUAGUUUUUUUUUCAUAGUUAUGCUUUGAAUUAUCCAAAAUAGAAACGUAUGGACUGUAUCGGAGUUAUAUCGUUUUUUUUUCUUUUUAUGCGGUGUUGCACUGUUGCUUAGUAUAAUGAAACAUUUCGUGUACUUUCCUACAUGUAAGUUUCUUUAUCAAAAUAUGUAUAGGAUAAAAC